AUGAAGCACCUCGCCGCCUACCUCCUCCUCACCCUUGCCGGCAACACCGCGCCUACCGCGACAGACAUCAAGGAAGUCCUCGACUCAGUCGGCAUCGACGCGGACGAAGAGCGUCUCGCGCAGCUCCUAAGUGAGUUGCAGGGGAAGGAAAUUGACGAGCUCAUUGCCGAGGGCUCCAAGAAGCUCGCAACGGGAAUUGGAUCCGCACCUGCACCUGGCUCCGGGGCUGCGGGUGCAGAGAACGCUGCGGACGCAGAGGUUCGAGAUGAGUUGGAGAUCGAGGGUGGACAUGGAGAUGAUUGCGGGUGUGACGAUGAGGACUUUGGAUUGGGCCUGUUUGAGUAA